AUGUCGAGCAUCUGGAGCCCGUCGUUCCAGGCGACGGCCUUUGCUACUCUCAUUCUCGCUGCUGUAAUCUACGGUGCAUGUGUGCAGCAGGUGUCUCGAUACGCCUUCGUCUUCAGGAACGACAAUCUCACCUUGAAGACCUGGGUUUACCUGCUCCUCGCUCUGACCACUACUGGCUUUGUUCUCGAUUCCAUCAAUACCUGGGGAUACCUCACAGGUAGCACUGUCAGCUCGGAACAGCUAGUAGCGGUUGAGGGCGCCCUCUCUGGUAUCACCAUCUUUGUUGUUCAAAUUUUCUUCAUCGUUCGGAUAUGGAAUGUCCGACGAGAGGUUCGGCCUGACUCCAUGUUCACAAUUCCUCAGGUCGCAAUCCUUGUUGCAAUGGCGCUCACUUCUGUUACGUGUGUCAUGACCACGACUGGAUACCUGACCAAUCCCAGUCACUUUCCAAAGAAUGGGUUGACCAUCACAGCGAAUUUACUCAAAGUGAAGAUUGCGACCGACGCCGUGCUCGACGCUCUGGUGACGGUCUCGCUGAGCGCUCUUCUGCAAGCCCACCGUAGUGAAUUCUCACACUUGCGCAAGGACAGCCCUCUUGAACACCUCUUAGUUUUCUUCGCUACUCGGGGCAUCAUAAUGGCCGUUUUCCAGCUACUGUUUCUAAUCUUGGUUUUUGCCACCAAUUACAUUACUGUCGGCACAGCGAACACCACGAUCAUGCCCAAGGUUUAUGCCAUAUCUAUGCUUCUGACCCUCAAUAACCGCAAGGCGCGACAUGGGCAAUCUACCUCGGCCUCAACAGGCUCACGCCCUCCACGCACACAUGCGUCCGACCCCCUCGAUCUUGUAUUGCUUUCUCUGCAGGGUAACGUGCAGCGAACACAUACCGACAUCGAGCACGGGAUACCAGACAGCGGGCGCGCGUCGCCCGUCGUAUUUGCGUCGUCGAAGGGUCCGCCUGAGGAGGUGACCAUGCACCCUGAGCCAGACGAUUAUGAUAAUGCAUUGGGUGAUCUCCGUCGGACUAGAAGUACAAAGUCAUCGUAUCCGCCUUCAUGA